AUGGCAAUAAGCAAGUUGCCUGAUGAAGUGCAAGAGGCAAUGUCCAGUAUUAUAUUUGCAGCCUCGAGAUGUGGCGAGUUACCAGAGCUUCAUUCCCUCAGGAAUCUGUUUAAAGAAAUAUUUGGUGAAGCAUUCGAUGGACUCAACGUUGAACUGCUUCCAGGUAACGCAGUUAACUCACAAACCAUGCAGUAUCUCACUGCCACAAAGCUAAAAGAAGACGUAAAACUCCAAAUCAUGGAUGAAAUAGCUAAGGAAUCAUGUACUAUAGCGGAGGAUUUCAGCAGCUACAAAACUAGUCCUAGUACUACAGACUCAACUUGGGUUGAAACCCUAAACACUACUAAGAUUUAUACCUCAAAGAGAAUCAGAUCAGACCAACGUUGCAAAGCUAUGAUUGAGAAAAAUGAAAACUUUGAUUGUAAAAGCUAUGAAGCUGAAGAACAAUCGCCUCGAGUAAGCCAUGUACACCCAAAGCUUCCUGACUACGAUAACUUAGUUGCCAGAUUCAGAGAUCUGAAAGGAGAAUAUAUGUAUAAGAAUACAAUUCACCGAUCCUUUUCUAAAUGGAUUAGGUGGUAG